AUGGAUCCAAGUACGUCCCGUUCAUCCUCGCGCCAACGACUUCCCUCUAGGCCCACGACACCUCUGCGCCCAAGCUCCCGGUCAUCAUUUCGCGAAGCCCAUGGCUACGGAGGUAGCAUCAGCAAUGCAGGAUACUCGCAGCCUGCUAUCAAUGCCCUGGAACCCCAAUUCGCGGAAUUGGCAGACUCAAUGGCGGAUCUUGAGGCAAACUUUAUGCACCUGCAGCUGUUACACGAGAGUUUAUCACGGUUCAGUGAGAGCUUCGCCAGUUUUCUCUACGGAUUGAAUAUGAACGCAUUUUGUGUGGACUUUCCAGAGGCUCCUAUUCCUGAUUCCUUCCGAAGAGCAAAGCAAACAGAGGCUGAAAAAGAGAGGGAGGCUGAAGCUGAAGAAGCCCGACCGACGGUGAACGAUGGAGAAACGACGUUUAUGACAACGGACACCUCCUUCCUCGAAAACCCCCCUACCACAGUCUCUUCGAAACCGACUCCCAAAUAUUCCGUUCCUCGCACAAGAGGCUCUUCUACUCGUGGAACUACUCGUGAGACAGCUGGUGGUCGCUAUACUACACGAGGCACGAGCCGAGCUCGUCCCAGUGCGUUGCCUCGAGGAAGGGGAAUGCGUUGA